UACAAAUCUCGAGAAAAUAAUUUAAUUAAUUUUACACGGUGAUAGAUACAUUUCUUAAUUUCUUCAAUUAAUUAUACAUAUUUCCAAGUUAAAUAAGCAUAAAGAAUAUAAUCAAACGAUCGAUAAUGAUAAAACAGUACGUGGAAGAUAUUGUAUACUUUGUAAUAAAUCUAAAAAAUAAGUUUAAUUAAUUCGAUGGGGGAUAAAAUAAAUCUAUUUUUAAUUUCUUCAUUUGGUCAUACAUACUUUGAAGUGUAAAAUAUGAAAGGAAUGUACGUGUGUUUAAUGAACGAUAGAGAAGGAAAAAGAGAAAGAGAGAGAAAGAGUGAGAGGUGCUUCGACGAGUUUUGAAUUUGGCGCGUUUUCGCUGGUUGCACGGCAGCCAUAUUGACUAUAUACUCCCGAGCAACUUGGAGGAUGUUUGUGCGUACCUGGCACGAUCGCUGCUCUCUCGCGUUCGCUGUUUUAUUCACCGUGUAAACGCAUUCAUAUUAACGCGUCAAAUUCGGUAUCGGGCGGUAAUUAAUACGCUUCUUGAUUUAGUUUAUUUCUUUUGACAUGUCAAGCCAAAUAUGCUUAAAGUGGAACAGCUUCCUGAACAAUAUCGCGACGAGCUUCGAGAGUCUUUGGGAGGAAGAAGGCCUGGUGGACGUGACACUUGCUAGUGAUGGACAGUGUCUUACGGCACACAAAGUUAUACUUUCUGCCAGUAGUCCAUUCUUCAAGAAAGUCUUCCAGGCAAACCCAUGCCAGCAUCCAGUCAUAAUACUGCAAGAUGUCCGCUUUUGUGAGCUUGAAGCAUUACUUAUAUUUAUAUAUAAAGGAGAGGUUAAUAUAGAGCAGAAAAAUUUACCAGCAUUAUUGAAAGCUGCUGAGACGUUGCAAAUACGUGGCUUGUCGGGGGGAGAUAUAUUCUCUAAGGAUUCUUUCAAGAGGCUGGCGGAUUUGGAACAAAGCAUUGACGUGGAUAUACCUGUCGUCAAGGAAGAAACACCUAAAAAGAAACAAAAAGUUUGUAAACAACAUAACAAUUCUAUACUGGAGAAGGCGUUAACACCUAGAAUAUCGCAAUCUGAAAAUACUAGCGAAUCCAAUGAAAGCGAACAAAGCGGGAAAGACAUAGAUCAUGGUUCGGCUGAUGUUUUGCCAGAUCCUGUGUUUCAUCGUUUAGAAAUGAAAAUAGAACCGUUAGAGAUGACACCGGAAGAUUUACAAACAAGAAGCUCCAUCGAAAAAGAUCCAACGGAAAGAUUGGACACUGGACAAAUGGAUGGAAUACAAGGGUCUUCGAAGCGGGCAGUGACGAUAAUUGCGGAAGCACAGGAAAAAUCGAGUUUUCGAGUAUCUGAACUAAUUCCCGAGGAGAAGAAUCCAAAUUGGAAAACUUCGAAGGAUGGAAAGGAUGAAUCCUGUAUCUCGGAUGUACAAAAUCGAAGAGAAGGAGGAGGAGGAGGAGAGUCAGGAAUCCUCAAGUUGGAGUUGUCUUCUUCUAAGAAACUAUUGACAACAGAAACUACAACAGAUUCCUUAUCGUUGGAACAAGUUGCCGGAGGAUCCCGUCCGAGUGGUUCGGAUUUUUCUGAGGAAACAGUCAAAGGAGGUUCCGUUUAUCUACCAUUUCCCUGUCCCUUUUGCGAUCGUGCCUACACCAGUUGGGGAUUUCGAAGAAGACAUAUCAAAGCUGUUCAUACUAUUUCACCAUCCCUUAAUUGCAAGUGGUGUCCACAGGUUUUACCAACGCAUACCGCUUGGAAACAGCACGUCAUAUACGCGCACAACCUGUCCGCGAACGACGCCCAUAAUGGUCUAUUGAUCUUGGAAGAAGCUCACAUGGUCUUGCAGAUAGUACGACCAACAAGAUUGGAUACCCUGGUGAACAUUAUCAAGCAAAGUUCCCAACAAAAUGAUCAUUCGCAGGUCGACAAAGAUUAAUACUUUUCUUUCAUGGAUUCUAACGAUUUCUAUCGAUAUGAUCCAAAAGUUGGAAGAGUAGAGAAGUUUUUUUUUUUUUUCUUUUUCUUUAAAAAAAGAUGUCCAAGUAAAUUUUCAAUUUACUCUUUACCCUCGCUCCUUCUCAUAAUUCCCGUGUUCAUCACACGUGUCAACUUAAUUGUCCAAGUAUAUAAGUUGUUUUUAUUUUUAUACACGAUUUAUAUAUUCGGAUAAAAAAUUAUUUCGUUUGUCGUUGUAUGUGUGGGAUAGGAACGAAAUAAUUUUUAAGAAGGGCUUAUGACAUUACUUUUUCUUUUUUCAAUAUCAUUCAUUUAUUUUUAAUUAAUUUUCUUUUUUGUGUUCGUAUAUAAUAAUCGUACAUUAUUCGAAUCUUAUUGUUGCUUAUAAUUCGUUGCAAGCGAUAAUACUUAUGUAAUCGAUAAGAUUAAUCAUAGUUCAUAUAAAUGAUUAUUCGAUAAAAUUGAUCAUGGAAUUGCGCUCGAAUGGAGGACAUUAUGAAGUGCGCUUUCUUCGUGGCUUCGUACAAUCAGUUCCGUUAAACAAAUCAAAGUUUGCGUGUAUCGGUAAGAUUAUUUCGGAGGUCGUAGAAGAUAAGGACAAAUACGAUUCUUUAAGUUACGUGAACGAGGGGGAGGCAGGUGAUUGGUGAUGUGGAAACGAACCGUGCUAGAUACACAAUGACGUGUUAUAUCAAUCAUUAGUAUUUCUCUUAUGAAUGAAAACUAAUGAAUAAUUCGAAAAC